CGAACGCCACUGAUAGCUAAGAGUACCAAGAUGACUACUACGUCGUCCUUCACUUUCUCAGUUGCUGCUUCGCCCAACCAACUUUAACAGAUAAAGGCUGGCACAAUAUGAAAUUCUUACACUGACAUCCUGAACUAUCGUAGCUCUACUGCAUCUAAUUUGAUAUACCCCUUUUCUGACUGUCUCGCAUGGAAUCGCCGGAAUGUUGCGCUCAUGUACGCGCCAUGGCGGAAAGACAUCGUGGUUGAUGAGGUCGUUGGCCAGACAUCAAGGUUCCCGCGAGCUUCCUGCCGGCGCUAGGUUGGCCGCAGCUACGCUCGUUUGCUCAAAACAAGGAUACACACAUGCAGCUCCUCCAUGGAGGCCAGCAUCUGUGCUGGACGAAUGGGUUGCAAAAGAGGCAAGGCCUAUCAGUCUACGACAGCUCAUGGUUUUCGGGAGGUCAUUAUCAGAAGCUCGUUUGCUAAGCUCAGCAAAUUAUGUUCGAACAGAAUUGCCAGUCAGGCUUGCCCACAGGAUACGAGACAUGCAGACGUUGCCAUACGUCGUCGUAUCAAACCACCACAUCAGUGAAGUGUAUGAAUUAUAUUACCAGGCGUUCGAGAACCUUCGCCGCAUUCCAGAGAUAAAAACGCUCGAAGAGAAUGAGCGGUUCUGCAAGACUAUCAAUCAGACAUUGCAAGAACAUCUGAUUGUCAUUCCAAAGCUUGCAAUGGGAAUUUUAGAAUGCCGAGACCUCAUGAAGCCCGAGGACAUGGAUAAGUUCAUGAACACCAUACUUCGCGCACGAAUCUCGCGGCGUGUCAUAGCAGAACAACACCUGGCGUUGACUGAGACGUAUAAUUCGCCUUGGCACUUUCCGGAUGCUGCCAAAAAUACCACCGAUUCGGAGUUCAUUGGCGAGGUUUUUCUCAAGUGCAACGCCAAGGAAGUUGUGGAACGCUGUGGUAAAGAGGUGCAAAAACUUGCAAGGAGUGCAUAUGGGCCUGAUGUUAUAUUGCCAGAUAUCAAGAUAGCUGGGCAUCAGGAUGUCACGUUCCCUUAUAUCUUAAGCCACCUCGAAUAUAUUAUCGGGGAGCUCCUGAGGAAUUCGAUUCAGGCGGUUGUUGAACACCAAGGCCAAACCCCUGGAGGGGCCAAACCCCCUCCCAUUGAGGUCACAAUAUCUGAGGCUCCUCAGCACGUGUUCAUACGAGUCUCGGACCAAGGUGGUGGCAUAGUCCGAGAAAUCCUCCCGUACCUGUGGUCAUUCUCCAAAGGACCCCGUAGCGAGGCCCGACUAGAGAACCUCCACCACGUGCCGAAAAUGGCGGCUACGCUCCAGGAGUUGAGAGACCCGGGCGAUCCGUCCAGGCCAAUACAGGCAAGCCAUAAUAACUCACUAUCAUCUCUGUCUAGCAGGCCACCAAAUCUGCGGCUGGGAAUGGGCCUGCCCCUGUCUCGGAUAUAUGCCGAAUAUUGGGCUGGGACUUUGGAGAUACAAUCUCUCCACGGCUAUGGCGUUGACGCGCUUUUGCAGAUAUCGAAGCUAGGGAAUAAGAACGAGCAGCUUACUACACGAGCAAGCAUGGAUGCUGUUUAAAGGGCCUUGGCUACAUAGUUUCAAUUAUAAAUAUUACAAAUAAGCAAACAAAAUAAUAAUAUUUUGGCAUAUCAGUUGAUUAUUUAUCCAUCAACUUUAAUUUAAACUAGCUAAUAGUACGCAAGAAACCUUUAUAUAUUAUAUUGCUCGAAAAGCAGUAUAAUAGUAGUAAAUAUUAAUUUAUAUAACCCUAGC